UAAGUUGUAAGCUAUAAGAACUGACCAAUUAUAACCGAUUAUUUUUCUAAUAAUCGACUGCGAUUCGCCAAUUCUUACGGCUUACAACUUACGACACGUAUUGUAGAAUGACCUUUAGGCUCAGGCAUGGUGUCCGCUGUGUCGAGUAUUGACUGCAAGUGUUAGACGUACCGUUCGAAAUGCUGUCGAGAUUGGCUCUUCGCAAUGCCCAGUUGCUGCCUAUGGCAGUACGUGGAGCACAAAAUACAUCUACAGCAGCAAACCAAAUUGACCUUUCAAAACAUCCUCAACGGAUGAAACGGCCAAUAUAUCCAUCUCCUGUUAGACAUGGAUUCAUACCUGAAGAAUGGUUUCAAGCUUUCUAUCCAAAAACUGGUGCAUCAGGACCGUAUGCAUUUAUAAUAACUCUGAGCACAUACUUAUGCUCCAAGGAAAUUUAUGUCAUGGAUCAUGAAUAUUACAAUGGUUUGUCUAUGCUAAUAAUAUGUAUAGCAGUUACAAAAAUAUAUGGCCCAAAAGUGGCUGAGUGGGUAGACAAAGAUAUAGACGACUAUGAGCAAUCAUUAGAAAAUAUUAGAAUUUCUGAAAUAAAUGAAUACAAAAAGUGGAUUGCGCAUGAAAAGCAACAGCAGUACAGCCUAGAAGGGCAGAAAAUGAUAAUGGAUAUUAAGAAAGAAAACGUCAAGAUGCAGCUAGAAGGAACAUAUAGAGAACGUAUGAUGCGGGUUUACCAAGAGGUGAAGAAGCGCCUGGACUACCAAAUGCAAAUACAAAAUCUUGAGCGUCGAAUCACACAGAAACACAUGGCCCAGUGGAUCAUAGAUGGGGUAUUGAAGUCCAUCACUCCUGAUCAGGAGAAAGCAACUCUUCAGCAAUGUAUCAAAGAUCUUGAAGUUCUUGCUGCAAAGCCAUAAAAUGUCUGAAUAGCACUGCAUUAGAUAAAAUAGAAGUAUGAAAACACAAAGAGAGGAACAACGUCGUAAACGCUGUCCACUUCGUGUAUUCUGUCAAAUGUUUCUCUUCGUUAUUUAAAAUCAUUGAAACAUUGUAAAACAGAUGUAACAAUGCAGUAUAAAUCACUUCUUGUUAUAUAUUAUAAGAAAUUAAACAUUUAAACGAAGAUAUAA